AUGGCAAUCUACGCGUUAGUGGAUGGCUCUCAAGAAGUCCUUAUUAAAUGGAGAGACCUAGCCCCUUUUGAAGCUACCUGGGAGAUUUAUUUCCAGAAUUGCAUUGCCCCUUUUUCCGCAUGGUUUACCUAUUGUGAUGCUGGGAUGGAAAAAGUGAAAUGGAUAAGCAAAAGCAGCCAAGCUAAGUGCUUGGGAACCUUAGUGUCAAUAGCUGGAGCAUUUGUUGUUACAUUUUAUAAAGGCCCUCCAGUUAUAAAGACAAUUUCUCUUCACUCAGUCUUAUCACUUGUUCCAUUGCUUUCACCACAAUAUUCAAGCUGGAUACUAGGAGGAAUUUUCCUAGCAGCUGAUGCUUUUCUGAUUUCAGGAUGGUAUAUUUUACAGGCAUUAACUUUCAAAAAGUACCCAUCAGUGCUAAUCAUAGUGUCUUACCAAUCCUUCUUUACUGCCAUCAUGUCUAUAGUAUUUUCUCUUAUUCUUGUUAAGGACACAAGUGCCUGGAAGCUAAGACUUGAUAUGGGACUGGUCGCUAUCUUAUACUCGGCGAUAAUUGGGUCUGGGCUUCGAGUUUCUUUGGUGACAUGGUGCCUGUCAAGUAUUGGACCUCUCCAUGUCUCGAUGUUCAAGCCCUUGGCUAUUGUCUUCUCUGUUGUCAUGGAUAUCAUUUUCCUAGGAGAGCCUCUUUGUCUUGGAAGUUUGAUUGGAGCAGUUAUAAUUGUAGCAGGAUUUUAUUUUGUGAUGUGGGGAAACCUUACAGAAGAAAAUACUAUCGAUCAUCACGAUGCCCUGUGGAAUUCAAAUUCAUCCAGCCAAAAGGUACCUCUACUGAAAAACAGGAUAGAAAAUAUGUACAACACUGCAUCUGUAACAGAAGUUAGCUCCUUGAGAGUCUGA